UUGUUUGAGUGAGUUGGUGUCCGGAUUGAUGACAUGAUAGUGCUAGCGUACCCCGCUCUUAGAGCUACUUAGGUCUAGAUAAAUAGUCCCGCAGCUGACAAUCCAUGGCCAUUCCUAUAUAUUCGGGCGUGGUCCUGAUCUUCUCAAGCCGUUAGUCUACUAGUUGCUUCAUUCCUGCUUGUUUCCACGCUUCCUUCAAGCCCCUUUCAUUUUUUGUCUAAUAGGCGACCAUUAACACCUUAGCCCCACAUGGCCUCUGUUGUAUAUACUAUCAACGUUGAAUGCUUCGAUGACUGUGAUUCACAGAAAAAUAACCUUCGGUGCAUAUCCCAACAAGAUACAAAUGAAUUAAUAAUCGCCUGUGAUAGCAUUGUCUCCAUAGUGCCCCAAAAGAAGGACGGAGAUUCAUUGUAUCGCCUGCUAUACUUCCGCGAUGGCGAAGAUACAAGCGACCUCAAGAGCAAACACACGUUGCUCGAAAGCAUCCAGCUAGCCACUUUACCCACACAGUUGCGAAAGCACCUGUUUACGCAGUUGCCAUCUUAUCUACGUUCUUCUGGUCCGGAAGGGGUUAGGAUUGAUGUCAUUGUUUCCACCACAUCUGGAACAGGAACAGGAAUGAGCUUCUAUAGCAAUAUCCUACAGCCGUUGCUGUUCUACAUCGGAGUAACAAAUUAUGAGCUCCAUGAGACGAAAUCGACCCGAACCAUCACAGAACUAUGCUAUGAAAGGUUCAUUCCGCGUGCCAAGCAAAGACUUCCGCAGACAAUCAUUCUCCUCUCAGGUGAUGGAGGCUUAACCGACAUGAUUGAUGCCUUCCAUAGUACUCCGGAGAGUCUUCUCGUGCCUCCGACCAUCGCUCUCAUCCCUACAGGAACAGGAAAUGCUAUGGCGAAUUCAAUAGGAUUGUUGGCACACCCGACAGCUGGAUUGGUAGCUCUAUUACAAGGGACACCGACCAGUGUGCCUACCUUUGUUGCCGAAUUUUCACCGGGGGCGAGUUAUAUCAUUGACGAAGGCCGUGAAAGAAUUCCCAUUACACGCAAUUCGGCGAACGUUCACGGACACCCCAAGGUGUACGGUGGCGUUGUUGCGAGUUGGGGUCUACAUGCGGCAUUGGUUGCCGACAGCGAUACUGUCCAGUAUCGCAAGUUUGGAGCCGAUAGAUUCAAACUAGCCGCAAAGGAAUUGCUCUACCCUUCCGACAGUACUGAACCCCACAAGUUUAGCGGUAUUGUCACACUUUUCAAGUUGGACGAUCAAGGUAGGAGCAAGCGCGAAGAAACUUUGGCGUGCACCGAGCAUAUGUAUGUGUUGGCUAGUCUUGUCUCGAGUCUAGAGAAAGAUUUUAUGAUUUCUCCUCACUCAAGGCCUUUGGACGGUCGGCUGUGGAUGGUUCAUUUUGAGCCAAUGUCGGCAUCAAGGGUUAUGCAAGUAAUGGCUUCUGCAUACCAGGCGGGGCAGCACGUGGCUGAUGAAAGUGUCUCUUAUGGUGAGAUUGAAGGAUUCCGGAUUGAAUUUCGUGAAGUGGACGAGAGAUGGAGGCGGGUCUGUAUCGAUGGAAAGAUUAUAGCGGUUGAACAUGGUGGUUGGGUGGAGGUACAUAAAGCUUCCAGGGCCUUACUUGAAAUACUGCAGCACCAAAAGGCCUCGCCCGGAUGUAUUGACAAUUGAGAUAGUCCUCAUGAAAGGAUAAAUCAGUUGCAGAGGUCAUGCCUGGAGCCACUACCAUAGCUCUGACUCCGUUACAUUGUACGCUUGGAGUAGGCUGUGAAGGUCUGGCCACCCGACUCCUUGCACAAGGAGCUACCACUGCAGAUUAACUACAUCAUUAUUAUUGCUUGUAGUUAUGGCAAUUCGGUUCCAGAGGGUUCUAGCGUGACAUGAACGCACUGACUGCACCCUAAUCGAGCGGAGACUAUACAUACCUAGUCUGCUACUCAGUACUCCGUAGUUUUCUACAAUCAAUCUAGUUGUACCUUUUAAGAGCGCGACUGUCUUAGCUAUUCAAUAGUGCAUAGUCUCUCUUAGUUCCGUAUGUUACCCUAGAAGUAUAGAAGUAUUUUGAACAAGGGGAGUAAAAGUUAAAGUACUAAGCAGAACAUCUGCUACCGUAUUUGGCGAGUAAAAUAGGAGAAGAAAGGCGGUCAUGCUAGUGCGGACGGACACGGAAGACUUA